CUGUUCCGCGACACGAGGGAUGUAAACACGCGAGGAAACUUCUCCGCGCGACGUCCAACUCGAGAAUUUGUUUGAUCGAUACAGACUCGAGAGAGAGAUUGUUAUCAUGUCGAUCAGCGCAACAAGAUCUGGCGUUGUAUCGAGGCUUUCUCGCAAUUUGUUAAACAAACUUUCAAUUAUCCGGUCGUCGGACAGAUCUAGGAAUUGCGUCAGAGGUUAUGUCGAACUUCACUCGACACGUGUUUUGAAGAAGCAACGUCGAAUAUUUCCGCAAUUGUCUGUGCGAGGAUUUAAUUCCGAUACUGGUUCGCCGCAUCCAACGGAGAGUGAACUGAGCCUUGUGCAGUAUGAGAAGAUUUGCAACGAGACGUUGGACUCGUUAACGGAGUACUUCGAGGAACUACUCGAGGCAACAGCCCACUUGCCGGAUGCAGACGUGUCUUACGGAGAUGGUGUACUGACCGUAAAAUUUGGCGACCCCUAUGGCACUUACGUUAUAAAUCGCCAGACGCCGAACAAGCAAAUUUGGCUAUCCUCUCCGAAAUCCGGACCGAAACGUUACGAUUUCAUAAACGGCCAGUGGAUAUACAAACACGACGGCAAGAGUUUACACGAGCUGCUUAAUAACGAAAUACCGAUUAUUAUAAGAAAUCGAGCAUGCUUCGAUAGAUGUGCGUUUAGCGGUAGAGAAAACACAAACUACGAUAGAUAGUCUGUCUGAGAAAUAAUGUUAGGGAAAAUCUUAAUUAUUAAAAUAACUUAUGUGAGUCUUAUAUAAAUUUUUUAUUUGUACAGAAGUGGC